AUGUCCGGAAGCAGCUCUCCUCGCUCACUUGGCGGCCGCCGCGGCCUGCCACUAUCGAUCGAAGUGCCUCCACUGCAGCAACCAUCGCCCCCAUCAAAUACCCUCCUUAUUACCGACCUAAACGACCUCUCGCUCUUCCAGCCAGGCUCUCUCGACUCUAUCAAGGCUCAUAUCACUGCCACGGCGCCGCUAAACUCAUUCUCCCCUCUACCAUCCUUCAGACGCAUAGUCUGCUCGUUCCUGAACACCGAUGAUGCUAUCAAAGUCCGUCAGCUGCUGGACAGAGCACCGCUGCAGGGCAAAGGCCGAGCAAGAGUAUACUUUGGUGAAAAGACACCUAUCCAGACAGACACGGAAGAGAUUCGACGCAGCAAGCUUCUUGAAGCCCCCCAGUCUCAGAAGAUGUUCUUUAUUAGCCCACCACCCAGCCCUCCACAUGGAUGGAUGAUGCGCAACGAGGAGCCGCCAAACAAGGAGGUUCAUGCCUCUGAUCUGGCUGAUGCGUUGGGCAGACUCGGUCGGUUCUACGGGUCUGAUAGCCAUAUUAACGAGUCUGGCCGUCGACCGGAGACGCCUGUUUCUCCCACGGAAGUGGCUACAGCCAUGGGUAUGGACGUGAAGGAAUCUACUCGCACCGGAUCAGGACAGAGGAGUCGGAGCAGUACCUUGAUUUACCACCCCGAGCACCAUGGCAGCAGUCCUAACCUGCCAGCUGUCAUGGUUGAGGAUACUUCGGUUGGCUCUGAUAUGGAUUCCGAUAUGGACCUGAGCCCCCUUGACACUCACCCAAAAAGGAUAUUAGCACAUACCUCUCGUCCUCCAACUGAGUUGAUGGAGCUGUGA